AUGCUGUACUCUGGCAACAGGAUUUUUUUUGUUUUAAAAAACGGGACAAAAUGGAUGAAUUUUAGGAAUUAUGUUAAUUAUAUAUCUUUGAAAGAAUCAGAAAAAAAACAGGGAAUAUCUCCUUUGAAAACCUUAGAUCAUAUAAUUGGAAUGCCACUACAUCCAUUUCAACAAAAGAUUUCUGAAGAAAAUUUAAAAACAUGGAAAAAACGAUUAAAUGAUUUUUUGAGCCUAGAAAGAAAUAGAAAACGAAGAGAAGAACUCAUGAAAGAUAUUUCUAAGUCAUAUUGGGAUGAUAUUCAAGCAAUGAAGUAUUAUCAAGGAAAAAGGUGGAUAGCGCCAAAAAACGUAUUUAGAAAAGAUAAAGCUUUAUAUGUUGCAAAUUUCUACGGUACAACGCUUUCUAAUACUUUAGGCAAUACAGUAUCUCUUAUUGAAUCGUCACCAGUGUCACUUUUAAGUGUUUUCUCUUCAAGCUCUGGAGAAGAGCAUGUGAAAUCUUUUUUAAGUGAUGAAUUGCGUUUAGCAGUGCCUGAUAUGCAAUAUAUUUAUGUUAAUUUCCAAGAAAGUCUUCUAAAAGCCUUUCUUGUAAGAAUAUUUUCUGCUGCUAUAAGAAAACAAGUGUUAAAAGAACACCAUAAUAAAUACUUUUUUGUCAACAAAUUACCAAGGGAUGUCAAAGAAAAUAUGAAAAUCUUAAAUAUGUGUGUUGGUUAUGUAUAUCUUGUAGAUAGUCAAUGUCGAAUUCGAUGGGCAGGUUGUGGAAAUGCUAUAGAAGAAGAAAAAAAAUAUUUAGUUAAAUGUUCACAAAGACUUGUAGAAGAGUAUAGAAUGAAGGAUUAA